UCGUAUGGGUCGUGCGAGCUUGAUGGUGUUAUACGGCAGCGAAGGCAGAACGGGCGAGAUAGAAACAGCGUAACGCAAAGUGUGACAUCGAGCGUCAGCGACGGAGGUUGUUGUUGUUGGAUUAACGAAAAUUUUUAUAUAGAUAAGUGUUGGAAAAGUUUCUAAGCAGUGGACGGGAAUAUGAGUGCUGAGCCAUGUCCACAGGACUGGAGGGUAAGAUAUGCAACUCCUCGCGAAGAAACAUCCGAUGCAAAAAAGAAAAGUCUAUAACGCAAACGAUAGGCCGAGUACCGUCAUCGUCGACGGACAAUUGACGAUACUGCAGGUCCAGAACCAUCGGAAACGAGGACAAACGAUCGUGACGAGGAGCCGUGUCCUCAGGACUGGAGAGUAAAAUAUGCAACACCUCCCGAAGAAACACCUGAUGCAAAAAAACGUCUACAACGCAAACGACAGGCCGAGUACCGUCAUAGUCGACGAACAAUUGAUGCUUUCCGCCCGGAACCAUCUGAAACGAGGACAAACGAUCGUGACGAGGAGCCGUGUCCUCAAGACUGGAGGGUAAGAUAUGCAACUCCUCCCGAAGAAACACCCGCUGCAAAACAGAAACGUCUUCAACGCAAACGGCAGGCCGAGUACCGUCAUCGUCGACGGACAGUUGGUGAUACUACAGGUCCGGAACCAUCGGAAACGAGGACAAAUGAUCGUGAAGAGAAUCUUUCCUCACAUGAAUUGCAGGUUGCUCCAUCAGAAGAUACGCAUGCUGCUCGAUCACAUCUUCAGAUUUAUAGAGGGAUACAGACAGAAUUCGUUCUCCCACUUCGGCAACGAUGGGAAGCCUUUCGACGGAAACGAAUCCAAAACAAAUACGGAGCACGAACACUAAAUACUGGGCUCGGUUAUCAUGAUAACUACAACUACCCUAUGCGUCAUAAAUUGAACGCUCGCACACCGUGCCCAUAUUGUGCGGCAGAAAAAUGGGCUGGAGAGACUGGAACAUUGUGCUGUAAUGGUGGUCAGGUCAUUUUGCCACCAUUUCAAGAGCCUCCAACUGAGCUAUCUGAACUGUUUGACGAUGCAGAAUUCAUGCGAAAUAUUCGUGCUCGAAAUACAAUAACGCAUUCGCUUUUACGUCCAUGGGAGCAUCAAUACGUGCAAAUGAUCAUGUGCGUCAAGAUCGCUCCGUCGCCAACGGUAGAGGUGUUUAUACGUUCCGUAUCCAGGGUACUCUGUGCCAUCGAAUCGGCGCGCUUGACCAAGUUCCAGGUCAUGCGCCAGCAUAUGCACAACUUUAUUUCAACGACACGCGUAUAGAAGAGAAUCUGAACAAUGUUAUCGAAGCACGAGUUGCUUUGAGCAAUAAGCUGGAUCGAAUGAAAGUGGCAAUUCUACAGCGUAUGUUUGAUGCCAAUAACUCCUUGGCUCACCUGUUUCGUCUCGCAUAUGAACGUAAGACGCUACAACAAAAUGUCCAGCUACACAUUCACGCCCGCUUGCCGGGCCUCGAUCAGCGUCGCUACAACAGACCAACCGCCGAUGAGGUCGGUGGCAUAUUCCUUUAUGGAGAACAAGGACAGUCACGUGAUAUCGUUUUACAAUGUCGUGCCUCUGGCAACCUCAGCCGUGUUUUCGAAUCACAUCAACUAUAUGACCCACUAGCUCCUGCAUCCAUACGCAGAAGUUGGGUGGACAUAUAAUAUUUUAAAGAGAAUGCGGCGUGAUCGGGCACAACGACACACACGAACAGGUAGCCGCAACGAUGAUGAACCAGCCGACGGUGAAGGACAAAUGGCAGUUGGAGAAAAUACCAGAUCACGGCAGAUUACGCCUCGCGAAUAUGCCGCUUAUCGGAUGUGUACAAGGGCCGGUCAAACAUCCCUAAUCCAUCGUGCAGGACGGCUUAUGCAACAGUACGCCGUUGAUCAAUGCUGUAAGAUCGAAGAACAGCGGCUCAAGUUCCAUCGUGAACAUCAAGCACAGCUGCGUGCCGAUGCAUACGCUGGCAUAAUGGAUUUUGCUGGUCCAAUGGUCAAUCCGUUACCGGAAGAUCCGCUCGAACACGACCGAACACUUGGGCAAGCGGGCACACGCAUUAUUCUUGCCCCAUCUUUCCCAGGAGGCGAGCGCUAUAUGCGUGCCCAAUAUCAAGAUUCGAUGGCCAUUGUGAGAGCUAUUGGAAAGCCAGAUUUAUUUAUCACUGUCACUUGCUACCCGAAAUGGGUAGAGGUAUCGGAAGCUUUGCUUCCACGACAACAUGCCGCAGAUCGACCAGAUCUGACGGCCCGUGUGUUUCGACUGAAACUAAAAUCCAUCUUGGAUGACCUUUCGGCUGGAGUUCUUGGUUUAGAGAUUGCACGCAUUCAUGUUAUUGAAUACCAGAAGCGUGGCCUUCCCCAUGCUCACUGUUUGCUGAUGCUUGCUGAAGCGGACAAGCCACGAUCGGUGGAUGAUUAUGACCGUUUAGUCUCUGCAGAAAUCCCGGAUCCAGAAAACGAACAACUUUAUCAAACAGUACGCAUGUGCAUGAUGCAUGGACCAUGCGGUAGAUCGAAUCCGGAUGUACCGUGUAUGAAAGAUGGUGUAUGUUCGAAAAGGUUCCCAAAAAAUUUCACCAAUGAAACAAAACAAGCCGAUGACGGUUAUCCAGUAUAUAGACGACGCAACGAUGGACGCACUGUAACAGUAAAGGGUGUACACCUGGACAAUCGUUAUGUUGUACCCUACAAUCCGUGGUUGUGUCAUAAAUACGAUUGUCACAUAAACGUCGAGGUAUGUUCGUCGGUGGCCAGUAUUAAGUACCUUUACAAGUACGUGUAUAAGGGACACGACCGAGUAGUAAUUUCGCCAUCUACAUCAUUGAACGAGAUACAAGAAUAUAUUGAUGCUCGGUACAUAUCAGCAUCUCAGGCCAUGACAAUCAUCUUUGGUUUCGAGAUGCAGGCAAAAACAGUCACUGUCGUCGUACUACCGAUACACCUCGAGAACCAACAGGGAAUCGUCUUUAAUUCGAACGAAAACAUCGAAUCUGUAAUCGAACGAGGCCACCACACAAUGCUAACGCGCUUCUUUCAGCUGAUGGCAAAUGAUCCUUACGCGCGAAAUCUUACAUAUCAAGAGCUACCGACGUACUUCCGAUAUGCCAAGCCAACUCAGCGACUUCCAUGGCAUGAAGGCUCAGGAUGCCAGUGGAUUCAACGCAUUUGUGACGCAAGCAUCGUGAUUGGUCGUAUGGUAUACUGUCCGAUGUCGCAGAUGGAACGGUACUGCUUGCGGUUGAUGCUGUGCUAUCGCAAAGGCCCAACUUCAUUUGAAGACCUUCGGACGGUUGACGGUAUCGUUUAUGCGUCUUACCAUGAAGCAGCUACUAUGGCUGGGCUACUACAAGAUGAUCAUGAAUGGGAUCGGGCAAUGCAGGAAGCCGUUUCGUUCCAUAUACCAUCUCAACUGCGCCAUCUGUUCGCAAUCAUCCUGUCGCAACAGCCACAAAAUCCUCGCCGCCUGUGGGAGUCGUGUUACAUUUAUGCGAGGAUUUCCAUUGGCAGCAUCGAGAGCGUUAUACAACGCAGGACUCUGAUCAAAACAUGCUGCUACGUACACAGGAGCAAUUUUGUGCUCUGCGCGUCAUCGACAGAUACUUGCGUCAAAUGACACCAUCAAAAACGCUGACCAACUUUCCAGACAUGCCACAAUUGGCUGAUUUUCAACAUCUUCCGAUGCACCUUCAAUCCGAUCAGCAUAACGAUGUAAAUUCGCACAUCGAUGCAGAACGUUCGUAUAGUAUCAAUGUUCUAGACGAAACGAUUGCAUCGAUAAAUCUACUGAAUUCUGAGCAACGAGUGGUGUAUGAUAUUGUCACUGCCGCGGUAGAUCGUAUCGGACCAGAGAUAGAAGAUUUUCCAGAAGAGCAUCACAACCUUUUCUUUCUGGAUGGUCCUGGUGGUACCGGAAAAUCUUUCCUCUUAGAGAAAAUUCUGGCGUAUACGAGGCGGAAGUCAAAGAUAGCACUGGCUGCAGCUGCGAGCGAUAUCGCCGCGUUACUUCUGACUGGUGGUAGAACAGUGCACACAACUUUUAAGCUGCCACUGGUGCUGGACGAGUAUAGCACCUGCAACAUACCAACCCAAUCGUCGCUUGCGGACCUAAUGCGACAAACCUCUCUUAUCGUCUGGGACGAAGCUUCGAUGAGCAGUCGCUUUGCUCUGGAAGCAGUAGAUCGUAGCUUACAAGACAUUGUAGGUGUACAUCGGCCGUUUGGUGGUAAGGUGGUACUGCUUUGUGGUGACUUCCGGCAGAUUUUACCAAUAGUCCCGAAAGGUACCGAUGCACAGGUGGUUCAGCAAUGUGUAAAGAAAAGUCAAUUGUGGAGGCUGUUUCGGGUUUUGCGGUUAAAAACCUACAUGCGCGUUCGAACUGCGCCAACCGUACAGAAUGCCAAUGAUCUACAACAAUUUGCUGAUUUUCUACUCUGCAUCGGUGAGGGUCGCCAUUCCACAUAUCCGGGAAUGCACGCCUCUGUAGCAAAGCUUCCACACGAUAUGGUGUUACUCCACUCUUCCAGCAUUAAUGCCGACGUGAGGAAGUUGGUAAAGCGAGUUUAUCCGAACUUACGGUGGCAUUAUCGAAAAGCAGAAUAUUUCACAGAUCGAGCAAUACUCUCUCCAAAAAAUUCUGAUGUGACAGCUAUCAACAACAGUGUGUUGAAACAAUUACCUGGCCAGGUGCAGGAGUAUCUUUCGGUAGACACGUUGGUCAACCCGGAAAAGCAAGAGGCGCUUCAGUUGCCACCAGAGUUUCUGCACUCUAUUAAUGUGAGCGGAAUUCCAGUUCAUUGUCUGCGGUUGAAGAAAAACACACCAGUACUGCUUCUGCGAAAUCUUAACACCGAGAGAGGGCUAUGAAUGGGACGCGUUUACAGAUCAUCGAUAUGAAACCACAUUGCUUACAUGCACGGAUUUUAACUGGCAAACGGCGGGGAGACGAUGUGUUGUUGCCACGUAUCUUUUGUGAUAGCAACGAUGUAAACCUUCCGUUUCAAAUUCGUCGCAAGCAAUUCCCGGUCCAGGUUUGCUUCGCAAUGACAAUAAACAAGGCGCAAGGUCAAUCUCUACACCACCUUGGUUUGUACCUACCUUCAGAUGUGUUCGCACACGGACAGCUUUACGUUGCACUGUCACGAGUGACAUCAAGGAAGAACGUGGCGGUGCUGAUAGUGAAUCCCGAUUAUGAUCUUGAGGGUGUCACAGUGAGAAACAUUGUUUACCACGAGGUGAUUGACUAAUUAAAAAGGAUUAAUGCAGGAAAAUAAUGAAUCUUAGAGCCCGUUAUGUCUAAGGAAAGCCUGCUUUUAAGUCCAACAGGAACAAUACAAAUACUGGUAUACUGGUAACAUACAUAACAUCUUUCUUGCUUAUUCACUUAUUCAGUUAAUAAUAUAUUUAGUCGGAAAUGAACUGUAAUAGUUUGCGUGUUCAGGAAUUUUUACUUAUCAAAAUAAAACAGAUAAGAGAUUUGAUAACUCUGAAUUUGCUGUGUAACCCACUAACCGGGCCAAAUUAACUAGUAUAAAAGAAAAUGUGUCAUAUAUUGUAACUACAAGAGCAAUUGUUUUUCUUAUUAUUAGUAUUAACCACGUACCGUUUGACACGCACGCCGCAUACAUCAUAUAAAACCGUCCUUGGUGAGAGUGUCGACAGGACAUGGUUCUGAGAUUUAUUUAUUUAUUUUAUUUUAUUUUAUUAAUUGCUCGGCCACGUUGGGUUACAGCAAUAGUGCUUACUGACUAUAGUAUACAAUUAUUCACGAAGGAGUUGGAAGGAGUUUAUGGUACAGAAACGGAGCGAAGACGGGAUCGGUAGACAGGAUAGGAUAUGUUGAAAUCGAACAGAUCAGAAGUACUAUUAAAAGACGACAUAGCUCGUGCUGAUGGAUGGAUGGAGAUGGAUUGGUGGUCCGAUGUCGCACAUAAAAGUUACUGAAAAAAAAGUUACAAUAAUUAGUUUGUUACAAAAUGGAACGUAUGUAUUAUUGUAACCUAUCUUUGUUUUGCUGCAAGCAAAACUAUAAAUGUAUCCGUUGAUCGACAGAAAAACGGUGAUCUGAAACGACAAACAAAAAACACAAUACCCCCGCCCCAGUUGGUAUACAAUUGUUGCACAUUUUGUGCAACAGUUGUAGUCCAGCCAGCACCACGUGGAGGUUGGGGUCGGAGUUCUGAAAAUGUGUGAGCAUGAUUAUUUUAAUCGUGCUUAAAACACUUCUCAGCAUUUGCUAGCCACCUUGAAUGAUAAAAUGUGAUUAAAAUAGUCGUAAAAAAAU